AUGAGAAAAGCUAUCUAUGGCGAAACAACGCCACAUCCCAACAUUGCUGGAUCACUAAACAACAUUGGGGUAUGUUGGAGUGACCUUGGUGAUAAGAGGAAAGCUAUCGGCUAUUACCUACAGUCUCUGAAGAUGACGAAAGAAAUCUAUGGCGAAACAACGCCACAUCCUGAAAUUGCGUCCUCGCUCAACAACAUUGGGAACUGUUGGAGUGGCCUUGGCGAUCAGAGAAAAGCUAUCAGGUAUCACGAACAGUCGCUGAAGAUAAGAAAAGCUAUCUAUGGCGAAACAACGCCACAACCUGACAUUGCGUCAUCACUAAACAACAUUGGGACCUGUUGGAGUGACCUUGGAGAUCAGAGAAAAGCUAUCAGUUAUCACGAACAGUCGCUGAAGAUGAUGAAAACUAUCUAUGGCGAAACAACGCCACAUACCGACAUUGCUGCAUCACUAAACAACAUCGGGACCUGUUGGAGUGACCUUGGUGAUAAGAGGAAAGCUAUCGGCUAUUACCUACAGUCUCUGAAGAUGAGGAAAGAAAUCUAUGGCGAAACAACGCCACAUCCUGAAAUUGCGUCCUCGCUCAACAACAUUGGGAACUGUUGGAGUGAUCUUGGCGAUCAGAGAAAAGCUAUCAGGUAUCACGAACAGUCGCUGAAGAUGAUGAAAACUAUCUAUGGCGAAACAACGCCACAUCCUGACAUUGCUCAUCACUAAACAACAUCGGGACCUGUUGGAGUGACCUUGGCGAUCAGAGGAAAUCUCUCUCUUAUCAUGAACAGUCGCUGA